AUGGACUCCAACCCUUUCAAUGAUAGAUCCGCGGAUGCGGGUGACCUCAUGCUUCCGAGCCUUAUGGAGAGGGAUCUUGAGUGGGCGGAGUCACUCUCAGACGCACUCUCAGUUGGAACCAGCCCAGGCUUUGAUUACACGGUCGGAGCCAGCCAAUGGCACAAUUACCAGUUAAGCCAAGACGCCUGGCUCGGCAGUAUUGACGAGCCAGCUCCGCAGUCAAGCCCAUCCCUGGUCGGCCCUGGCGCUGCUGGUCAAGCUGGCGAGCAGCCUCAGAUUCAAUGGCCGAUCCCGGCUGUCCCAGAGGAGCCUAUGGUGAUGGAGACUGACCAGCCCGGCCAGCCUUUCCAACCGGAUUUGCAGCCCACGUCGGUUGUCUUUCCUUUCGGUAGCGCAAACACCCAGGAUCAGCAGAGCCAUAACAUGAACGCGGAUGCCGAGCUCGUGAACGCGGGGGCCACGACCAUGAAUGAGGAAAUCCGGGCCCUGAAAGACACGCUGGCACAGUACACCAACCAGGAGCCAGAGAUCACAAACGCGAAGGCCCAGGACAUGAACGCGGAGACCCAAACCAUGAACGAGGAGCCUCAGAUUACAAACGCGGAGGCCCAGGCCAUGAACGGGGAGAACCAGGACAUGAACCCGAAGGCCCAGACCAUAAACGGGGGCCCUGCACGGAUUGAUCGAGGAUCUGACAACAUUCCCGAUGCCCAGAAAAAGCAUCUUUCCAUUGAUUUCUGCGAUUAUAUGGCAUGGGCACUUACUUUGCUCAAUAACGGCAUGCGAGAGUAUAUGCGCAAGGAUCCAACUUCUUCUCCAGGCAAAGACCGAGUCAGAUGCGUGCCUUUGGGAUACGGCCGCUGGGAAGUUCGGCGCAAUGACGACAUGCGGCGCACGCUCUUGGAAGACGGCCAGGGACCCAGCUAUGUGUGGCACGAAUACGGCUAUGAGGCAGGACCAAGCUCGUCGCAGAAUGGAGUGCCGCCUCGACAAUACAGCAGACGGGGGACUUCACGAUUCCGUCGGCAAGGUCGGGCUCCAUCGCAACCUGCGUCGGGAUUGUCGAUGCAACUCCAACUGCCGUUAGACCCGCAGAUGCAGCUUGUAUACGAGGGACGUCAACAACAACAGCAACAGGUUCAGCAGUUGCAACAGCAGCAACAGCAACCUCAGCAGCAACAGCCCCAGCAGCUGCAGGAGUCUCAGGAACUUCAACAGGCUCAGCAGGAACUGCGGCAGCUGCAACUACAGGUUCAGCAGUUGCAACAGCAGCAACAGCAAAAGGCUUUGCAGCAAGUUCAACAGGCUCGGCAGCAACUGCAGCAGCUGCAACUACAGCUUCAGCAACAACAGCAACAGCAGCAGCCUCAGCAGCAACAGGAGCAAGGGCCUCAGCAACUACAACAAACUCAGCAGCAACGAUGA